AUGCGCGGGCAGCACACCCCUACAAGCCCCUGGCAGAACGUGGCGCCCGCCAGAAAAUUAUGUCGUGAGGUGAAAGUGUCAACUAUGACUGAUAAGGGAAGUGCUCUGCGCCGUUGCUUCCCACACCGACAGAUAUGGCUGAAAUGCGUCAUUUUGCUGCUGCGUGAACGCAGAUCAGAGGGCUGCACGUGUGCAAUGGCGCGGAGGAAGGACCCGCUCACCCAAGCACGACCUAAGUUCACGGAGUUGAAUGAUCUGAUUUCGGAGAGGCUGUUCUACAGCCGUCGAAAGAGUUCCAGGUGGAGCCGAGAGCGGGUCCGGACGAAUGGCGGGAAGGCGUUGUUCGCAACGGACGAGUGGUUCGCAGCUGCUGAGAACCUCAUCAAGGCCGGGGAGCCGGAGUGGCGUCCAGACGCCUUCACAGACAGUGGCAAGUGGAUGGACGGCUGGGAGACGCGACGCAGGAGGAUUCCCGGACACGACUGGGCCGUCAUCAGACUGGGUGUUCCAGGUGUGCUGCACGGACUCACCGUGGACACCGCAUUCUUCACAGGCAAUUACGCACCUCGCUUCUCUCUACAAGCUGCCAACCUUACACCAGAAGAGGCAGAAAUCCCCCAUUGGAAGAGUAAGCUUGGAGGUGCUGCCACUCCCGAGAUGCUCAAGCAAAUAUCUGGACUACAGUCUCAAGACUGGGAAGUGCUGGUUCCAAUGACGAAGCUCCAUGCAGGGCAUGAGGACACUCGGUACAACUACCACGCCAUAGACAACAGGGGAUCCUGGACUCAUGUUCGCCUUAACAUCUACCCUGAUGGUGGCAUUGCAAGACUGAGGUUGUACGGUGAGGCACGCCCAAACUGGAAAGAUGUGAGCCCUGAUGAGCCUACAGAUCUCAUAGCAAUGGUUAACGGCGGUACAUGCCUGGGGUAUAGCGAUGCUCAUUACGGGCACCCAAGAAACAUCAUACGCCCAGGACGAGGCGUCAACAUGGCUGAUGGCUGGGAGACAGCAAGACAGCUGGACAGGCCGAGUAUAUUAGAAGCUGACAGUGAUGGAAUGCUGCAAAUGCCAGGCUGCGAGUGGGCGGUGUUUCAGCUUGGCCAUUGUGGCUACAUCACGCACAUUGAAGUUGACACAUACCACUUCAAAGGAAACUAUCCUGACUCAAUUCGCAUUGAAGGAACCACAGAAAAGCCACAUGGAGACUGGGGACAGGCAACAUGGUACACCCUGCUUCCACCUCAGAAGCUGUGCCCUCAUACGCAACAUUUCUACAGCGAGAAGAAUCUGGAAACAACGGGGUCGUUCAUGUACAUCCGGGUGACAAUAGCCCCUGAUGGGGGUAUCAGUCGUCUCAGGCUCUGGGGCUACCGCCACAACAGCACAUAACAGCAUUAUGAGGGGCUGUGAGGCUAACUGUAAUCCUGCUAGGUUGGGGCACGCUACAAGCCCCGAGAAAUUAAAUUGUCUAAAAAAUGAGUAAAAAUAUUGCUUUCUCAGUAGUUUCCUGAAAGUUGUAUGAGGUGUUAACAAAUUAGCACUCUAUACUGACAAGAUGUAUGCUAACAUUGGCAAGAUAAGCGUCACUUUAGCAUGAACCUGAAAUGGCAGUCAUGUAUUAAUGGGUGACCCAAGAAAAUAUAAAAAGUUACAGCCAUGUUGUCUGCCAUAUUAGCACUGCCAGACUGGUUUCUUGCUUGGCUUACUCCUCAGCCCUGAAGAUGGAGGGAAGCUGUUCCUCCAGUUUCAUCAGACUACACAAAAUUAUCUGUCAGAGGACAGAUUUCUUAAUGUGAGAGUACUUAAGCAGUAGCAGGUAACCCAAGUUUUCAUGCAGAACAAAAGGAUGGAUACUGUUUGAACAAGUCCACAAGGUUAAGCUUUCUGUUUUAGUUUUCAAAAAUGAAAUAUCUAAACCCUUGAAAGGUCAGGCUCUGGGUUUUGUUUCUUAUAAAUAAAUUUCUAUGGCUGGCAGGGAUACGGUAGGAGACAACAUGGUGUUGAAAUGUUAGUUACCUGUCACCCACUGACACACACGUACCCCAAAUUUUCUUCUUACUUACUGCAGCAAACACACACACAGUGCCCCAUCCUGAUGAAUUUGUGCUCCAUGUACCGAGCCCCUAACCCGCCACUGAGGUCACUUUGUACCUGCAGUUGCUAGACCUUAAUGAAACAAGCAGACAGAAAAGAGCAGUUGGGCUAAACUGUAAAGGAAAGGGAUCUAUUGGAUGUCCCAGAAGAAGAUGGUUUCGCUAAGAACUAGAAGAGAGCAAAGGUGAGGGGAAACAGUGGACAGAAAAUCAGAAAGGAAAGAUCAUGGGAACUGAGAAGAGAGUGCAGACUUUUCAUCCAGGAGUCCAUGCAAAACAGAAACAAUGCUACAAGAUGUAGAGGUCACGUUAUGUAAGUCGUCCCGACUCACUUUAAUCUUAACAUAGCUAUAAGUGUCAUGGUUAUCGUUACCAGACACAAGGCAUACUUGUAGAGGGUACCUACAAAUAUGUUGAAGAAGCUGACAGGGGGCAGUCCUUCAGUUGGGACUUAAGAGUGGAUUCACGUGGCUCAAGAGAGAGUCUGCUGGGGGGCUCUUGUGAACACAGGAAUGAACCUUAGAUUCCAUAAAUGGUGAGGAAUUUCAUGACUAGAUGAGCGAGUAUUGUCUUCUCAAGGACUUGGACCCAAAACAUUUUCAUCCCACAACGCAGUGGUUUCCAAAGUGUGGGGGUGCAACCCCCUGGGUGAUGGUCAACUAUUUGGUCCUAUCAGAUAUUCUGGAAAAGUGAUAUAUAUAGCAGUACUGAACUGAUGAUAACUAUGUUGGGGAUUGAUUGUUUAAUUUCUAGCAUUUGCAAAAUAUUUAUAAAUAUUAAUUAAUAAAGACCCAGAAUGUGUUAAUGUUAAAAACAUGCAUAUUGAAGGAAACCACUCUCCACAUAGGAAGUUAAGAAGGGGCACACAAUGAAAUUUUUGCUACGCUUGGGGGGUUGCAAUUAUGCACAGCUUGGAAUUCACUGACUUUGCA